UCGUGGAGGUCACGGGAAGAUCUACACGCUGUAGUCCAUCCCAGACAUGGAUGGACUUCGUGACGAUACGGUCACUGCUCUCGAUUCCGCAGUGAAAAAAAUGCGGGAAUCUCUUCUCCAUGAGAUGUUCAAACCUCUCACAUCAGCUACUUAUACCCCCAAAUUAUCUGCUGGAUUUACAGUUCAUGACAACCAGUCGUCUUUCACUCAUCAACACCAUAAAUAUCCGCCUGCCCAGCGCGAAGUUGGUUCCUCAAGCACUGAUGCAUUCGAGAACCCUGCCAGUUCUGAUCUGGUUAGAGGAUUGGGGAUUUGCAAUGCAGACGGGGCUUCUGAACCUGCCAGGAUUUCAAAGGUUUCCGAAGAAUGUGAAGAAGCCACGUCUGAAAUUUCGACGCAAAGCUCCAAAUGCCAUGGCCUGUGGUUGCGCAGUGAACUCUGACGAGCCGGACUACUAUAGACAUGCUUCCAAUUCCGUGAUAGGUCGACCUCUCGACACUGCUCACGGGUUUGUUCAGGCCUCUCCGGGAGGGUUAUUGCGUGACCCCAGUGGAGACGCUAGGGGUUUGGGGGUUGGAAGUCGGAGGUUGUAUGAAUUAGAAGUGGAAAACGGGCUGAGAGGAAUUAUCGUGGCCAAGCACGAAGUGAUGCCCAGACACGUUCGUGACGAGUGCCCCGUAUGGUUCCGUGGUAACUGGGGCGUCUCUAAUCCGCAACACGAAUUUCCCGACUUCCUGAAGGUUGCCAGAUCAUACCUCGACCCCGAAGAUAGGAAGAAGGAGCUCCGUCACCUAGUGCCAGAGGCGAAGCGCAAGUCAUUUGUGCUGUACGCUAUGCUGUUGAACGGAAACGACCCCAAAGCUUGUCAGUUUGACACGGCCUGCAAGGACCUGUAUUUCCAGUUCGGUUUCGUAACUGGUCGCAGCUCCGAGGGCGAGCAGGUGCUACCGAAGGUGUACAGAAGUUUCAUCUCCAAAUGCUCUUUCACGGAGUUUUGGACUGCAUUCGAAUCCAAGAACCUCAUCACGCUGAUGGACGCGAAGGGGCUUAAAGGAGCGCGCAGCAAAGUUCAGCAUCUGGAGGUGUUCUUGAAGAUCAAGCGCGGCGAUUGGUGUCCCACUGUGUGGCACCUCCGACUCCUCGUUAGAUCUCCAGAUAUAGAUACUCCACUACAAGUCACUGCGGACUAUGGGUUUUUCAACUGCAAGACAGUCAAAGAAACAAAUUCUCUUAAAGAGAUAUAUGGAAAGCUGCUCGAGUCUCCAACGGUCGACCCCAUGGAUUUGCAUGCGGCUUGCAUCAAGGGAAAGCUGUAUGACUUUGCUCGUCAACGUGAACCUUUGCUUGAGCAGAAGUUCAAGGGGCUAAUGACCAACAUUUACACGAUACCUAGCGAUAUCAAGGGGGUAGGUGCCGGUGCACCGGAUGAAGUCGAACCCCCAAGUUUUCUUUUGUUUUUGGCUCUCUUCUUCUUUUCUUUUCUUGCGUUUCUAUUUAUAUGGCUUCCGCGUUGAUUGUACGUGUGCUCCAUGUGCAAAAUGGAUGUCAAUGAAGUUGCAAUACACGGUGUAUGUUAUGAGACUCUUUUUGCGGCAGUUUGUAGUUUGUGUUCGCGAUGUAGACGAUGACGACGACGAUUGGUGUCUCCUGUGACUAUGUUUCACUCAAACUUGGAUACCGAGGUCGCCGCAAGUGAAGUCGAGGAAGACGUACGAAGUUGCUACGAGUAUCCACGAUCUCAUCGAGAGGGUAGGAAGGAUGUGCCAUUUGCCACAGUACAACAUCCACACCAAACCAGUCGUCAAGAAAACGAAAGCAUGAUCACUCACGUCCGAUCAAAUCCUCGUUUCUUCAGUGGAAACGGACAUCCACCGUGGGAGGCCGAGGCUUCAGAGUCCCCGUUCGAGUGCGAGCAUUACAGUUCA